CGGUGUGCCGAAUCGAAGUUCGAGCAUUUAGAAACGAGUAGUCCAACGCUACCUCCAACGACACCGUGGGGUUCCGAGGAACCGCUGAGUCGGAUUACCAAGGACGCUGGACUACGAGUAUCUCACCUGGCCCUUUCGGACGUGGCUGCAGUUCCCCGACUCGGCACACUAGCUACAAAACUUGGAGACUCGACCCUAGUGCAACGAACAAAG